AUGCGCAUUUGUAUAUCUAGAACCUUAUUUCAGCGAAUUGGUUCAUUAAAAUGUGAAAAAUAUCUACCAUCAGUCAACUGCGAUUUCGCAGAGUUCCCGGAAAGGUUACUGGCAAUCUUACCCGGGAAGAAGCACAAAACCGUUAUUACACGCUAUGAUUAUGAUGGCGCUUGCAAGCUAGCGCAAUGUGUAGAAGGUGCUGCGGUGGCCAGUGAUCUCUUCACCCAUAUAAUCAAGGACCACGGGGCAUGGAUAGCAGCUGUUCAGAGAGCGCAAAUGUACGGGAUCAGACUAGUGACACCACUCAGGUUAAUUAACAAUGCCUUCGAUGAUGGUAAACUCAAACUCAGAGGGCUGUCUUCUAGAGAGUUCGCCACCCUUGCAAGUGUAUGUGCCAUCUAUCGAACAGAUGAAACGGAAUCUAUUUUGAAUAAAAUGUGCGAUCCUGAACUUCUAAGGUUGGUACUCCCUGACAUGACUAACUCGGAUUACGCCCUUUUCCUCAAUGCAUUGGCAAGGACCAAGCGAAUGCAACGGCUCCAUGAAAAGACUGUGGAACAGGAGCUUGCAAAAAGGAUAACAACUAUGAGUACAUUUGACAUAGCGCUAACUUUUGAUGUGUUGAGUGCAUUGCGGAAGAGGCACCAGAACACCGCGAAGGCGGCGGUAGAGAGGUUCACCACAGAUUUAGAGAAAUCCGCUUCAUGUGAUCAAUUACGACGUUAUAUGAAGGUAAAGGUGCCUGUUAAAGGCACCGUUAAAGCGGGUACAGCACAGAGGAUGCUGUUGCCACUUGUUAACGAUAUCACCCUUUUCCUCAGGGCAUUGGUAAGAGCUGACCAACUAGGUGCUGAUGAUAUGGAUCAUAUAGCAAAAAUAUGUGCAUAUCUCUUUUCGGCGUACAAAGAAAUGGAGGGCACGCCAGAAAUCGUAAAUGAGAGAGUAGUAGCUAACUCAACGACUAUCCUCAUGUGCCUUUGCUGUUUGGCAGCGAAAAUUGGAAACUUGAGACAACAUACUGCUACUCUUGAUAACGCAAUAGUACAGAUAUUUCAUUAUCUAAGACAAGAAGUUGCACUGGAAAUGUUCUCGGUCAAAGAGCGUACGAAACUUUGCCUGGCAGUGCAGACUUAUUGGCAUCUGGCAGAUGUAAGAAGACACGUCAAGCUUCUCCACGAUAUAUACACUAACAUCGUUCGGCCAGAUGAUAGGCGCUUUUUGGCGGUGCUAGAUUAUCGCAAAGACAACCAUACUGGGGAAACGUCCAGUUAUGAGAGUAUCACAAAUGAAGUGUACAACUGCUUGGCGCGGAUUUCGAGUGAAGACGCCUACCGCAAAGGUAUUAGCAAAGUAACUGUACCGCCUUACGUUAUCAGUAUUAUUUACUCUAACACAGAAUCCGUGCUGUAA